UAUCUUUUUGUUAAAGCUAAGCAACGCCAGAAUUCACGUGACUGGUGUAACAGAAUUUGUUUGAUAAAGAUAUCCAUAAUUCCAUACAUGGUAUUAUCAUCAUCAUUAUUAAUAUAAUUCUUUUUUGGUGUUACUUUUUUAAAUCUUGGUUGUCAUUCUAUGUUUGGAGUUGCAAUUCUGUGCAAAUGGAUAUAUAAAGCAGUGAGCUGUGUAAAAAGUUAAGAUCUUGAAAUGGGUAUGGGUAGGUGGUGUUUUGGUUUGUUGUUGGUUUGGGGUUUGGUUGUGAGUAGCAAUGUUGAAGUGAAGGGAUACCCAGUUGAGGAUCUGGUGGUGGGAUUGCCUGGUCAAACCAAGGUUGAGUUCAAACAGUUUGCUGGGUAUGUUGAUGUUGAUGUGAAACAUGGCAGGAGCUUGUUUUACUACUUUGUUGAAGCUGAGGUUGACCCUCAGAAGAAGCCUCUCACUCUCUGGCUCAAUGGAGGUCCAGGGUGUUCAUCUAUUGGUGGAGGUGCCUUUACAGAGUUGGGUCCAUUUUAUCCCAGAGGAGAUGGCCGAGGACUUCGAAGAAAUCCAAUGUCAUGGAAUAAAGCAUCAAAUCUCCUUUUUGUUGAAUCUCCUGCUGGAGUUGGAUGGUCAUACUCAAAUACGACUGCUGAUUAUACUUGUGGGGAUGAUUCUACUGCCAAGGAUAUGCGCACAUUCUUCUUGAACUGGUAUAAGAAGUUCCCAGAAUACAAAUCAAGAGAAUUAUUUCUUACAGGGGAAAGUUAUGCAGGUCAUUACAUACCACAGCUGGCUGAUGUUCUGCUGGACUAUAAUGCACGUUCAACUGGUUUCAAGUUCAAUAUCAAAGGAGUUGCUAUUGGAAAUCCACUUCUCAAACUUGAUCGUGAUGCUCAAGCAACAUAUGAAUUCUUUUGGUCUCACGGAAUGAUUUCUGAUGAAGUUGGUCUUGCCAUCAUGAACAAAUGUGAUUUUGAUGAUUAUGUCUUCGCUAGUCCUCACAAUAUGACUGACUCAUGCAACAAUGCCAUCAGUGAAGCAAACGACAUCGUUGGUGAAUAUAUAAAUAAUUACGAUGUGAUCCUUGAUGUUUGUUAUCCAUCUAUAGUAGAGCAAGAACUGCGGUUGCGGAAAGUGGCUACCAGGAUAAGUGUUGGAGUUGAUGUGUGUAUGACCUAUGAAAGAAGAUUCUAUUUCAACCUUCCUGAGGUUCAGAAGGCUCUUCAUGCAAAUCGAACUAAAUUACCAUAUGGCUGGUCUAUGUGCAGUAGCGUUCUAAAUUAUAGUGACACUGAUGGUAACAUCGACAUGCUUCCCCUGCUCAAAAGGAUAGUUCAGAAUGGGAUACCUGUUUGGGUAUUUAGUGGUGACCAAGAUUCUGUUGUACCUUUGCUGGGAUCCCGGACACUCAUCCGUGAACUAGCACAUGAUCUAAAGUUCGACGUUACAGUCCCAUAUGGAGCUUGGUUUCACAAAGGCCAGGUGGGAGGUUGGGCAACCGAGUAUGGAAAUUUGUUGACUUUUGCCACAGUAAGGGGUGCUGCUCAUAUGGUACCCUAUGCACAACCAUCAAGAGCCUUACAUCUUUUCAGUUCAUUUGUGCGCGGUCGAAGACUGCCUAAUAAUACUCGUCCUUCGAUAGAUGAUUAAGAAAAAAUGUUUUACGAGUUGCUGCAAUGUGUUAGGGUUUCAAGUUAGUUCAUAAUUCUAAAAUUUCGUUACUCGAAAGAUAAGAAAGUCAUCGUGUUUUCAACAAUUACGGAUACCCGAAGGGACAAAAGAAGGCCUUUCAAUUGUAGUUGAGGAGAGAGGAAAUUAAAUAUAGGACUUUUCUUAAUUUUCAUUGAUGAUAGUUCUCACUUCUCAGUUGUAUCUUCUUGAAAUAGAAGAAGAACAUGAUUGACUUGAUAACGAGUUCAUUUCAUGUAAUGAAUGGGAGGAAGUUUGAUUA